AUGUCAAUGGCAUGCCUUCUGGGCGUGUUAACUCGAACAUGUCGCGGCUGUUAUCUUCCGAUGGGUCUUCUACCAGUAUUUCAGAAAGGAAGGCGAAGCAAGGCAAGGCUUACCCGCACCGUACAUAUGCCUGACCUGAAAUAUGCUUCGCGACAAACACGCAACAAAGUCUUGACCAUACCUUGCCUCGGUUCCUUCCUCAACAUCUUUUACUGUAAAUCUCCAUCAGCUGACCCGGAUGCUAUAUCUUCCCUGGUCCGCUUCAUUACCGGAAGUCUCAUGGAGUUCGGAGAGCAUCGGACGCUAGAGAACUGGUCCUAUAUUCAUUUUCUUUUCUUCUUCACGUUUACGGUACUCUCAAUUCCUUCAGUAAAAUGCCGAGGGAUCGCAGCGCCACCCAUCCUUUUGGCGUGA